AUGGCAACACGAGGUGUGGUGCUCUUUGAAGGCGAAGCGCCGCGCGAGUCCAACGCACCGACACUCAGCAGCAGCAGCGCCACGGCCACCGACCUCAACCAGAACCCAACGGCAGGUGGCGUCCGCCGUCCACCGCCACCGCUUGAAACAACCUUCCACGUGCGUGGCAACCUGCUUUCCAAGCAAUCGGACGAGCGCUUCACGCCCGUUAUCUCCGAGUACGAAGGGUUCGUCGACGAUGACGCCUUUGAGACCGACGACUCGACGCUCCGGCCUCCUCUGAAGAAGCCCGCGAUACGUCCCUAUGUCCUGAGCUCGCUCGCCAUCAUCGUGGCCGCCGGCAUCGGUGUCGGUCUUGGGCUUGUUUUGGCGACGCUCGACCUCUCGUCCGAUGCGAUUGCAUGGGUGGCACUGCCCGGUGACCUCUUCGUUCGGGCACUGCGCUGCGUCAUGGUGCCCGCGGUCUUCUCGGCCAUGGCCGUCGCUGUCGCCGAGAUCGUCGUGCUCAAGAAGGCGUCGCUUCUCUCGUGGCGCACCGGGUGCUACUUUUUUCUGACGUCGUUUUUGGCGGUCGUCCAAGGCAUGAUUGUUGCCGGCAUUUACCACACUGUUGUGCGCAAUCACAAACCACCAUCGGGGCUCCUCGCAACCACGUCACUCGUGUUCAAGUUCGAGUGCCCCAACGGCAAGUACGCCAUUCCAACCGACGCCAACGAGCUCGCGUGCGUCGCGUCGGAGACUUCGUCGCCAACGACGCGCUUCGUCGCGAGCGAUGUCAACCACGUCUUGGCCGUCAACACGACGCUGCGCAGUUUCUCGUUGACGCAAGAGGUCAUUUCCAUCAUCAACCUCUUGGUGCCCCAAAACAUCUUUGCCGCGCUCGCCAAUGGCUCGCUACUCAGCAUCAUUACGUUUGCACUCCCCCUCGGUUUCGCGAUUGCCAAGUCGCACACGGGGCUACCAGAGCACAAUGCGAUGCUGGUCGUGCUCCGACAAACGCGCAACGCGAUGCUCAUCAUGCUGCAGGUGAUUUUGAAAGCGACGCCCGUCGCCGUCGCGUUUUUGCUCAUGAGCGCAAUCGUGACGUACGACAACUUGACCAACACGGUGGUGACCAACGGCGGGUACCUCCUCGCGGCGUUCCUAAGCGGCGUCGGCGUGCACCUAUUGCUUGUGAUGCCACUCGUUCUCUUUCUCGCGACGCGCACCAAGCCGUUUCACUACAUCCAACAGCUGUUUCCAGUCUACGUCUUUGCGUUUGGGUGCGCGUCGUCGUUGGCGGCGCUCCCGGUCGCGGUCACGGCCAUGGCCCAGACGCGCCAGGUCUCGCGGUCGUUUGCACAAGUCGUCAUGUGCCUCGGAACGCCCACAAAUUUGAAUGCCGCGGGCCUGUACCACCCGGUCAUGACGGUCUUCUUGGCAACCACCAUUGGGAUGGAUCUGGACACGCCGCAGUGGGUCGUCCUCUUCUUCGUGUCGCUCUUGAGUUCCAUGGGCACAGCGCCUGUCCCGAACGCUGGUCUUGUCAUGCUCAUGACGGUCUGGAAGACGGUGUUUCCCGACGACGCCGUGCCUCAAGCGUUCGUGUUUCUGGUUGCAAUCGACUUCAUCUUGGACCGCGUUCAAACCGCAGUCAACGUCAACGGCAACAUGAUCUGGGACUAA